AUGGCUCAUUGCCAAUGGCCAGCCCCCGAAGACCCCGUCAUUGCCUCCGAGGUCGAACAGCUAGACGCUAUUGUCGAGGCAACGCACCACAAGCGCAAUGACCUCGCCAACAUCGUCCUAGGCGGCCGCUUCUCUGGAAAGCUGCAUCUUGGCCGGCGGGCCGUCCUCGGAUUUGCCCUGCAGUGGAUCCAGCAAUGGACCGGUAUCCUCGCCAUCGUCGGUUGGGCCGGCGUCUUGUUUGAGCUGGCCGGAUUUGAUCCCUACAAGGCCCUUUGGCUUGCCGGCCUGGCCAACACCUUUGGCGUUCCUGGCACCGCAGCCGCAGCCUUUGUCAUUGACCGAAUGGGCCGCGUAAAGUCAUUAAUCACUUCAUUCAUCAUUCAGGGAGUGUGUUUGUUCUUGGUCGGCGCCCUCAUCAAGACCUCGCAAGAUCAUGCCGUCUCGGAUCCGGAACUAUCGCAGCGCCUAGGAAUUGCUGCAGCAAGUUUCGUCUUUAUUUAUGUCUGGUUCUUCACCAUGUUCAACAUCAUUCCCUGCUGGAUCUAUGGCACGGAGAUCUGGCCCCAAGAGGUCCGUGCCAAGGGGUACAGCUUCACCAUUUUCGGCUGGGCCACAGGUUGUGGCUCCACGACCCUCAUCAUGCCCAUCUUCCUCAGCAGAGUCGGCUAUGGCACCUAUCUCUUUUUCGGUGCGAUGAACGUUGUUGUGGCCCCCAUAGUUUGGUUUUUCUACCCCGAGCUUGCCAACCGAACUCUGGAGGAGAUUUCACUUCUCUUCACGAGCGACAGUAGGCUGGCAACUGAGAACCUGAAGGAAUAUCAUCGUCGCGUGGCCGAAGCGGGAGGUAACAUUGCUGUUGCGGCCAGGCAGUUGUUGGAUGAGGUUGACGGUAAGGACUCGGAACGCGGCACGGAACUCGGGAGCCCUGAUGAAAAGAGGAUCGAGGCCAAUGCCGACGCCAUCAUGUAG